AAAAACUGUGGAAUGCCAAUACAGUUUCUUCACAAAACAGAGCACUGGUUCGCCAAUUAAUCUCAUAAAUCGGAGGCUGAGAAUUUUCUUGUCAAUGUGAUCUUCCCAUCUUCAGCCAUGGCGAUCGCGUCUCUACGGCGGCUGCCCCUCCAGCUGUCUCGCUGUUCUUCUCCAUUUGUCUCCAAAGUUCAUCUAUUGUCUACAACCUCAGACGUUGAUGCUUCCGAUCGUAUCGCCAUGCUUUUUCCCCCCGCGGACUGCCAUCACCAUCGAGUCAUAGAAAAGCAUGAACAAAACGGGAAGCUGCGCCAUUUCACGCUUAACCAUCGAAUCCAAGGCUGCUAUCUACCAUUUGGGGCAAGCUUUAAACGGGAUUUUAGUGCAACUGCCGCAAGCCAGUUGCCUGCUAUAACAGAUCCUGACAUAAAAGUUGCUUUCAAGGAUCUAAUGGCUCUGAAUUGGGAUGAGGUCCCUGAUUCCCUUGUCAAUGAAACAACAAAGGCGUUGUCUAAAACUACUGAUGAUGUGUCAGGGGAGGAGGCUUUGGCAAAUGCCUUCCGUGCAGCUGAAGCUUCUGUGGAGUUUGGUAGCACUUUAGUAUCUCUCAGAAUGGCACUUGAUGAUCUUGGUGGAUUGACUGGCGAGAAUGUUGGGAACUUGCCAGAUGGUGACACUUCUAGGAACCUCUGGGAUUUCUGGGUCCUAUGUUGA